AUGCAAGGUAGUGCCAAUAAUAGUGCUCCAGGAGUGGUUCCCGAAAUAUGGUUCCUGCAAGUAGAAAACCAAUUUGCACUAGCAAAUAUUAUAAAUGACGCAACAAAAUUUAAUUAUAUAGUUGCUAAUCUAGAAUCGGCAUACAUAUCCGAAGUGAGAGAAAUCAUUGUAUCACCUCCAGCUACAGACAGAUCUCUGUGGUUAGGUAGACUGCCAUCCUCUAUACAGGCUAUUUUAGCUUCCCAAUCAAACGCUGGUGUAGACACAGCUGCCAAGCUAGCAGAUGCAGUUUUUGAAGUUGUAGCUCCUAGAAUACAAAUUUCGGAAACGGCCACUGCUCUUGAAAGCACCAUCGAAAAAUUAACAGCCGAAUUAGCUGAAAUGAAAAUUCAGCAGACUUUCGCGGUUGCUCAACCACAAACCAAUACGUACUGUAUCUACUUUGUUUAG